CGUACUAGCGCGUACGCUGUGCGUGUUCGCGGCAAAACACCGCGCCUCUUCCACAGAUUAGAAAUUGUUCUACCUCGUCCGUUCACUUAUGUCAUACUGCCAGUUCGCCAUUCACUGAUCGUGACCGAGUUGAAACGAACGUCAGCGUACUGUGUUACUUCUUAAAAUAAAUAUUGUUGUGACAUUCUCUUAAAAUGGUUAAAUUAUUAAUUGUUGUGCCGUUGAUGAUAGUGGCCCUAUAUGCUUCAGAUGGAGAAGCAGUUCGUUGCUGGACAUGCUCAUCAGACCUCAACCCGUAUUGUAACGAUCCAUUCAUCCUAGGCCGUAACGAAAAUUCUGGCCUUUUCCGUCUUGAGUACUGUGACGCCAACACCGGGGCAACAUAUCCUUAUCUUACUACUUCAAAAUCAGCGUGUAAGAAACAGAAGAAAUAUGUUGGUGAUCAACUGGUAAUAUCUCGUGGCUGCACAUGGAAGCGUCAAGACGAUUACUCAAACAAUUGCGCAAGCUCUUCUAAUGGUCCAAACGAAGUUACCAUGUUCUGUGAAACCUGCGAUUAUGACGGUUGCAAUGGAGCAUCAGCCAUCACUAUGACCUUGGCAUUAAUAAUGGCACCUCUCGGUCUACUUCUUUUUAAGUAAAACAGAUUAAAUGUACAAGCAUUGGGGACCACACCGAUAGUACAAUUUUACAAGCCAUGUGCCCACCGUAAACCAAAUAACAAUUUCUUAAUACCUAACUUUUUCGUACAUAUGCAAAUAUCUUUUAUUGUUUUAAGCGGGCGCACAUUUAUAUAUAAAUAGUACAUAAAAAGAUAACGAAAUAAGCAUGAAAUGAAAAAUCUUACCUCUCAAUUUAAAAUUAAAAAAAAAAAAAGCGUCAGAAAACUCAGUCGAAAUAUUAUAUUCUUUGUUAUAUUUGUUUAAGUGCCUUAUAUUAUUAUUUUUUUGUUGUUAAUUUCAUUUAAGUAUAAUAAAAAAUAUUAUAUAAAUUUCAAAAUUAUAUAUAAAUUCGAUCAAAGGAUUUAAUGUUCUCUGUCGACAUAUAUAUGAUUUUUAAUAUAUAUGAUUUUUAAAUUUAUAAAGUGAAUAAAUAAAACGUAAUGAAAGAGCAAUAAUGUUUAUUACUAAUAAUGUGCUAAUUUAAUGAAAUCGGUGCAAAUAUUUACUAAAUCAAGAUGUCGUUUUAUGAAAUACUUUUUAAUUUAGCUACUUGCUGGUUAAGGAUUUGAUUAUAAUUUAUUUGUAAGACUUAUUUUUAAUGUAAAUAUUUCUAUAUUUGCUGCGUAUUCUUUCUCCUAAUAUCUAUGAUUUCUAACCAACUGACAUAAAUUUCAAUAUUUUAUCUCAAAUAUUAUUUAUAUUGUUUUAAUAAAAAGUAAUUUUCUAUAUGUGUUAAAUCUCAUUUUCAAUAUUUUGAUGUAUCUACAUAUUUUGUCUCCAAUAAAUGUUUUUUUUAUUCAA